AUGGGAGCUCGCUGCUCUAAAUUCGGCCUUUGCUGGUGGCCAUCCAGCCUCAACUCCCACGUCCCUUAUUCAUCUGAUCUCGAGAAAUGUGAGGAGAGUGAGAAGAUGAGACUGCCAGUAUUCAGAGAAUUCAGUUUGGAUGAGCUUAGAAUUGCAACCUCAGGAUUUGCAGUAGAUAACAUUGUAUCAGAACAUGGUGAAAAAGCCCCUAAUGUUGUUUAUAAAGGCCAGCUUGAAGAUGAAGGUAACUGGGUUGCUGUUAAGCGCUUCCAUAAGUCUGCUUGGCCUGAUCCUCGCCAAUUUCUGGAAGAGGCAAAGGCAGUGGGGCAGUUGAGGAGCGAGAGGUUGGCGAAUUUGAUAGGAUGUUGUUGUGAUGGAAAUGAGAGGUUGUUGGUGGCUGAGUUCAUGCCUCAUGAAACUCUGUCCAAGCAUUUAUUCCAUUGGGAAACCCAACCACUGAAAUGGUCAAUGAGACUAAGAGUUUCUUUAUAUCUAGCACAAGCAUUGGACUACUGCAGUAGCAAAGGCCGAGCGCUGUAUCACGACCUAAAUGCCUAUCGAAUCUUAUUUGAUCAGGAUGGUAAUCCCAGGCUUUCUUGUUUUGGCCUGAUGAAGAAUAGCAGGGAUGGAAAGAGUUACAGCACAAACCUGGCUUUUACCCCUCCAGAGUAUCUAAGGACAGGUAGAGUUAUCGCUGAGAGUGUAGUUUACAGUUUUGGUACACUAUUGAUUGAUCUCCUCACUGGCAAGCAUAUCCCUCCGAGCCAUGCUCUCGACUUGCUACAUGGGAAGAGCAUUCAGAUGCUUGUGGACUCUUGUUUGGAGGGUCAUUUCUCAAAUGAUGAUGCGGCAGAAUUAGUUCGAAUAGCCACACGCUGUUUACAAUAUGAGCCGCGUGAUCGGCCAAAUGCCAAGGCUCUUGUGAUUUCUCUCACCCCUCUUCAGAAGGAGAGAGAGGUCCCGUCACAUGUUCUGCUUGAUAUUCAUCAUAAAACUGCAUCUCCUACCAGGAGUUCAAAUUUAUCACCUCUUGCUGAGGCUUGCUCAAGAGUAGAUCUAACUUCUAUUCAUCAAUUACUGGAGAAAGUUGGUUACAACGAUGAUGAAGAGAUCGCAAAUGAGCUUUCAUUUCAGGUGUGGACUGCCCAGAUACAGGAGGCACUAAAUUGCAGAAAGCGGGGUGAUUCAGCCUUUCGUUCAAAAGAUUUCACAAAUGCUAUUAUAUGCUACACUGAGUUCAUGGAGAGCGGAAUUGUGGUAUCACCAACAGUCCUUGCCAGGCGCUGCCUGUGUUUUUUGAUGAACAACAGGCCACAAGAGGCCCUUGCUGAUGCCAUGCAGGCGCAAGUAACUUCCCCUGAUUGGCCAACCGCGUUUUAUCUUCAAGCAGCAGCCCUAUUUAGCUUAGGAAUGGAUAGUGAUGCGAUCGAGAUCCUUAAAGACGGAUCAUCUUUGGAAAGCCAAUGUCAGCACAAGUGA